AUGUCUAAGAUUAACGGUACAAAGGACAAUCAAGGCGAUCCUUCGUUUAAUUCUACCUUGGAUGAUAUCCAAGUUAUUACCGAUGAUAUUGCUUAUGGCACUCAGCUCAGGAUUAAUUCUCGAAGGGGUUCGAUGCAAAAUAUGAACAGCAUUAGCGAAGAAGAUCUUGACGAACAAGAUAGUCCACGCGAGCCUGUAUCUUCAUCUCCUAGUUGCCGUGUUACUCGCGUUCGCUUUCGAAAUCAUCAGCAGAUAAUGUCAGUUCCUCAAAAAAAAUCCAAUGGAAUUGAAAUCAAACGUAGCAUGUCCUAUGCCCAUCCUAGAGUAACAAUUUUGUCUCCGAAAUCUAAAUCAAGAUGCUAUCUAAAAUUCUUGAUUGUUUUUUCAUUUUAUUUUUUUGCUGCAUUGGCUGUAGCCGACAGAGCAAUUAAUGAUGUUGAACAAACCACUCACGAAAUCUAUUGUAAUGAAAAUAACUGCAAUAAAAAUAUCAAAUUCGGAAAGACCAUGCCUGCAAGUGAAAUUUGUCAGCUUGCAGUAUACCAACAUCAGCAGGCAGAAAGUAUUUAUUGGCAGUUGUAUGAAUAUUAUCCUGAUUAUAAAAUUGAAAGGCCUAUAGAGGAUCAUCAAAUUGUAUUGGAUAUAUGCAAAUCUUCAUCUACAGCGAUUAAUCAUUUACUCACUCUUCGUUUACAUGAGAAAAAAUAUGAUAUCAUCAAAAGACCAGCGGAUUGCCUGGGACCCUUCUUUACCCAAAGUGAUGGUAGUAAGAAUACUGAAAAAUUGCGUCAAGUUUUAUUAAUGGAUAUUUUUAAUGGCGGUUCUCAUUUACUUGAAUUGCAAGGCAAUGUACAUAUCAAGGAGGGUAAGAAAUGGAAAAAAGUUCUGGCAAUAAUGCGUAAAGACGGCAUUUAUACUUGUGGUAAAUCAGACUCUAAAGAAUCAGCUAGCUGUUAUUGUCGGUUUGCCGAACUAGAUUGUUUCUAUGGAUUAAAUUAUAAAAAACACUUUGGGGCACCGAGUAAUCACUGCUUGGUAUUUAUAGAAAAUUUACAAAAUUUUAAUCCUAAGAAUUUUAAAAGUUUGUGUACUAAUGAUGCUGAGAAGUUGUUUGCAUGGUUUAGCGUAUUUCGCGUUGGAAAGUACGGCCAGCAAUUAAAAACAAAUUACACGGAAAUGAUUCAAAGUUCUCCCGAGGUUAUGUCACAAGACUUUGCAUCCACGCGAUCGCGGUGCCAUACUACCAGCGAGUUACCAAGGAGUAGAUCACUUUCAUUCUUGCGUGGUCUAAGUAAAAGGAAAGAUACAGUAGCUACUACUCCUUCAUCGCCAGCUAAUGAUUCACCGGUUUUGUCUGGCCCAUUAUUACAUGCACCAGAACCUAGAGCAAGAACGGGUACAAUGAGAUUUACAAGAGAUAAAAAAGGAAUUUCCGUGAAAGAUUUAUCUUACGAUCAGCCAUGGUUUCAUACUUCUAUCAGCCGAAUACAAGCAGUCGAUAUUUUAACUGAUAAAGGAACAUCUGAUGGGCUUUUUCUUAUUCGCGAAAGCACAAGUACUCCAGGGUCUCUAGUAUUGUCCUUAUGCCAUAAAAAGAAAGUUCAUCACAUUCAAAUUGUUCUUGAUUUACGAGAAAACGCAGGUGAUCAUCUAGUACCGAUGGAGUUUGGUAAAUCAUCUAGCCGAAUUAUUGGAACACCAAAACUAGUUAAAGUACCUAUAGAAACUGAGGCUGAUAGAAUUAACAAGAUCCGCUCUCGUGCCGGCUCUUGCCCGAAUCGUGAAGCCCUAAAAGAAAAAAUGGCAUCCAAGGUAAAAAUAACCGAAAAAGAAGUGAUCAUCAUAUAUAGCUUAGAGGAUCAAUAUCAAUUUGCCGAUUUAGAUCAAUUAAUUGAUCAUUAUCGUAAAACAGCAGGAGUUCUUCCGACAAAAUUACGCAAAUUUGUCGAUAGAAAGAAAAUUUGA